AAAAUUUUUAAAGAAACACUGAUAACUAAACAUAUGUGUUGCUUCAAAAUGGCCAAGGGCAGGCGCGGCGGCAUCUUCGAACUCGCUUCCUGCUCUACUACUCUCUCUGAACACAUCGCCUUCGACAUUUUCGACAACUUUUAUGACGUCGCCUGGUCCAAAUUUCAUGACUCUCUCAUAAUCGUCGUCAUUGUUGCUGGCUUUGUCAAAAUCUACGACACUGCCCUUCCCCCACCGCCAACCCCAUCUUCUCUCUCUAGGAACACACUCGCGAGGUCCACUUCGCUGAUUAAAGGGUGGAAGAUUCUUUUUAAUCAAAGUUUGGGUGGAAAACACCAUUGGCCAAUAUUUAAAAAGCAACAAGCAGAAGCCUUGACGGAAAACACAGUGACCCUUGUUUAUGGCCAGCGAGUCCAAAGAGAAAAACCAAAACUCUCUAUGGCGGUUUAUGUCUGCCAUGAAACGGGCUUUCCUCGCUGUCGUCUCUGUUCUUGGCAACGUUUUAUUCGAAUCGCUUAAAAAGGAAAAAAAUUUUGAACACAUUUGAUUAAUUCCCCUUUAAGAUCAAUUUGUUUUAAUUGUUAUGUGAACCUGCUGGUUUUGAAAUUGAGGUUAUGGUAGAUGUAUUGAUGCUAUGACGGUCGCCAUUCAAGUGUUGGAUUUGAUUAUAUAUCUUUCUCAUUUGCACUUUAGAGGUAGAUAAUCUGUCAUUAUUCACAUGUUUAAAUACCUAUUUUAGGGUUUUUGGAACGAAAUUUUGCACGAUUCAUGGUAAUUUUCUUAAUUUUGUAUGUAUUUACAAUUUUUAUUUGAGUCGACUUUAUUUUAUUGAAGGAUGAUUCGAGCACAAAUGCUUCUGAAGGAAGUUGUUCGCUUGAACUUGAUGCCAGUGCCAUUGAUGGCGAUUCUGGAGUUUUCAGACCUGUUGAAGCUGUGCUAGUUGGAAAGAGCUUUAAAAAUUUGUGUAUUCGAUUCAAUUACUCUGUUUGAUGUUGAUGGAACUCUUACGGCUCGAAGAAAGGUCUCCAGUCAUAACACGCAGAGAGAAUUGGAACACGUGGCAAGAGGCAUCUUUUUCCUGGCCGAUGCAUUCCCCUUUUAAUGCCUUGUUCUCAUCAAAACCUAGACCACGCUGCUUCUCUUGCGGAGGGCACUGAGGGAGAGAUUAUUCAAUAUGGAAGAUAAACAUUCAUCAGAACAGAUUCCUGAGGGCUGGAAGUUCGAGACAAAAAUGAGGAGAGAUGGAUCUCAAGUUUCGAUUCAAACAGAGUAGUUACUUGUGGUGGAGAAAAGUUUUGGCUUAUAGUAGGUACUACAUCUGCCGUAAAACUGGACAGCGGUUUUAUACUUAUGAAGAUAUGAUGCACUAUGUCAAGUAUGCCAAAGAAGCCGGGCUUCCUGUCUAUUUCCCAAAUUUUGAUUUCAGGAAGAAGAAGAAAUCUGGCCUGAGCCUAGAGUCUGCUCCCUAUCAGAUUGAGGAAAGCUUGGACUCAGGGGAAGAGUCUGACACUGAGAAAAGUUUGGACUCAGAGAAAGACGAUAGUGAUACUGAUAAAAUCAUGGACUUGGAGAAAGCCGUCGACAUAAAGAUGAUCUUAGACUCAGAGAAAGACACUGGUCCUGGAAAGUCAGAGUUUCUCAAGAAUGAUCCAAUUGAGAAUAUGGCAGCUUCCUUACUGGAUUCUUUACCUUCCAUUUCUGAAUUCAUAGCCUACCCGCAAUCCAUGCAAAUCAGCAGUGAGCAAGUUCCUGUAGUGGAAAUCCCCACUUCUGUACCUGAUACCUUGCCUUCUGGUUCUGGAUUAAAUGCAGAACAGGAACCCAUGCAAAUUAGCAGUGAGCAGGCGCCUGUUGUGGAAUUCAAGACCUAUCACAGGCGAAUUAUCAGGAAGCAAGCUCCUAAUAUGGAAUUCAAAACCCGCCUUUGCAGAAUUGACCACCGUCGCAGGCGAAUUAACAGGGAGCAAGCUCCUGUGGAGCAAAUCACCCGUUCUCAUCCCUAUGCCUCUCCCAGAAUCAUCGAGUUUGCAGUACCGCGAACAAACCCUAGGAUCAUGAAGCGCUCACAUCUUUGCCCAAAGCCCCACAAACCCCAGCUGCUGCGCAGGGACCCAGGGAUAAUAUAAAAAGUUUAUCAGCCUCUUGUAUGGAACCAUAGAAUUGUGGUAAACCUAUGACUGUUGUCUUUGUUAAAGACUUGAGUGUUUUUCUUUUCGGGCUCUUUUCUAUGUUCACUGUCGUUGUUUUUCGAUGGUUAAACUUCAUAAUAAUCCAUUUAUCUGUAAUCAAGAGGCUUUUUGGUAGUA